AUGGCAUCUUUCGAGCCAAUUCCAUCUUCAUCAUAUUCUGAACCAAAUGAAAGAUGGACAUACGACGUGUUUUUAAGCUUCAGAGGCAAAGACACUCGAAACAACUUUGUAAACCGUUUCUCUGCAGCUCUAGCUGUGAAAGAAAUACAUGCAUUCAAAGACAACGAGAUGCUACGUAGAGGGGGAGUGAUAUCUACGGAACUUGUGAAAGCCAUUGAAGAAUCAAGGCUUGCGGUAGUUGUUUUCUCAAAAAAUUAUGCCAAUUCUUCAUGGUGUUUGGAUGAACUUGUGAAAAUUAUGGAAUGCCAAGAGCAGAAGAGACAGAGAGUGUUACCCGUGUUCUACCUUGUCAAUCCAUCUGAUGUGCGUGAACAAAAAAGAGACUUCGCUGAAGCCUUUGAGAAACACGAAAAGGAUUUUAAGGAGACGAUGGAUAAGGUGAACAAGUGGAGGAAAGCUUUAGCUACUGCAGGCAAUAUAGCGGGUUGGCAUAUUAAAACAAGCGAAGGGGAUGAAUAUGCAAUUAUCAAUGAGAUUGUUCAUGUGAUCGUUUGUGAUAUACAGCCCCAUGGCAUGGAAAACAAUCUAAUUGGCAUCGAGUCUCGUAUGGAUGCAUUGAGUUCAUUAUUGUCAGGGGAAUCAGAAAAAGAUGUGUUGAUAGUAGGAAUAUGUGGAAUGGGUGGAAUUGGCAAGACAACUAUUGCCCAAACUUUAUUUGGAAGAAUUGCUUACAAAUUUGAGGGGAGUAGCUUUAUUAAAGAUGUCAGAGAAAAUAGCUCUAGUAAAAAAGAUAUAUGCGUCUUACAAGAGAAAAUUAUAAGAGAUAUAUUAGUGACUCAACUUGUGACCGUGAAUCAGGAUCCAGAGUACGGUGCCAGCAUACUACGGAAAAUAUGUUGCAAUAAAAAGGUUCUUCUUGUGCUUGAUGAUGUCGAUAAAAGGAAGCAGUUGGAGUUCCUAGCUUCAAGUCAUGAGUGGUUUGGUCCCGAGAGUAGAGUUAUUAUAACAACCAGAAAUGAGCAUUUGAUAUCAGAUGCAGAUCACAUAUACAAACCUUCUGUCUUACUUGAAGACCAAGCUUUGAGUCUCUUCAGUAGGCAUGCUUUUCGUAGAAAUAGCCCUCCCAGUGGGUAUGAGAAGCUAUCAUAUCGUGCAAUAUGCUACACUGGCGGUCUUCCUCUUGCCUUGAAAGUUUUAGGUGCUUUCUUCCAUGGAAGACAAGUGGGUGUGUGGGAAAGUGCUUUAAACAGACUAGCCAAAAAACCAAAUAGUAAAAUUUUUGAGACACUCAAGUUAAGUUUUGAUGGGCUUGAGAAUUCCGAGAAAGAAAUUCUUCUAGAUAUCGCAUGUUUUUUUAAAGGGAAAAGUGAAGAACAUGUGACUAGAAUACUUGAUAGCUUUGGUUUUGACUCCGUGAUUGGGAUUAGUGUGCUAAUUGAAAAAUCUCUUGUGACCAUUUCUAAUAAAAGGCUACAAAUGCAUGAUCUCAUACAGGAAAUGGGCAGACAAAUAGUUCAUCAGAACUUUACGAACAGCAGGCUAUGGCAAAUCGAUGAAAACCAUGAUUUAGUUUCAAGAAAUAGGAAAGUAACAGCAAUUGAAGCUAUAGUGGUGGAGGAACCAUGGGAAGUCCAAGAGUUCUGUUUCAAGGCUGAUGUUUUUGAAAGUAUGCAGAAUCUUCGGUUACUUGACGUUAGCUGUUAUUUCACUUCAUCUGAACCUAGCUUUCUUCCGGGCGAGUUACGAUGGAUUCGUUGGGAUCAAUAUCCAUUUUAUUCUCUUCCACUAGAAAACAUGCGGAAGCUAGUGGGGCUCGAAUUGUCCUAUGGCAGAAUUAAGCAUUUGUGGAAAGGGCAAAAGAUUUUACCGAACUUGAAAGUAAUCCAACUCGAAAGGUUGGGCUGGUUAACAAAGUUUCCAGACAUCUCCGGGUCCCCGAAUGUGGAGAGACUUAUAUUGUCAUAUUGUCAGAAUUUAUUGGAGAUUGAUGAAUCUCUUGGCUUUCACAAAAGGCUUGUUUACUUGGAUAUGAGUGGUUGUGAUCGGCUCAAGCAUUUGCUGUCACGGAUAGAGAUGAAAUCAUUGGAGACAUUAGUUCUCACUGAUUGCUCUAGUCUUCAAAUAUUCCCAGAAAUCUCGCCGUGUAUGGUAAAUCUAUCAAAUAUAUAUCUUGAUGGUUGUUUUUGUAUAGAGGAACUGCCGUCAUCAAUGAGAUAUCUAUCAAGUCUAAGCUUCUUGAAUCUAUCAAACUGUAUGAAUCUUAAGACGAUCCCAGAAUCUCUUUGUGAGUUGCAGCAACUCAAAAGACUUCAUCUUCAUAACUGCGAAAAUUUACAAAAACUUCCAGAGGAUAUUGGAAUGAUACAUAAGUUAGAAGAGAUUGGGCUAGGAUUUACAAACUAUAUUCGGGACUUGGAAAUCCCAGAGUCUGUAAAUCUGCACACUUUCACAAAUUUAUGCUCCUUGACAAAACUAGAUCUGCGUUGGAGACAAAUUAAAAAUGAAGAUUUCCCCGAUAAUUUUCAUGCAUUGUCUUCCUUGGAAGAAUUACAUCUAAGUGGCAACUCGAAGUUAGUUCAUUUACCUUCAAGUCUUUGCCAUCUAUCUUGUUUGAAACACAUAGAGUUAAAUGAAUGCAGCGAACUUCAAAGUUUGCUUGGGCUCCCUUCAAGAAUACAAGUAUUAGUGGCAGCUGAUUGCUGCUCAUUGGAGAAGGUUGAAGAUUUGUCAGAAAAGUACGUUUGGUUAUAUAAGAUAUGGCUUGUUGGUUGCACGAAAUUCGUAGAGAAUGACGAGAGUAAACGAUACCUUGAUAAGUUGCUGCAAAUAUCAUUGGUUAUGAAAUGUGCUGCUAUUGAUCAUAGGUUAAAUAUCAGUAUUCCUGGAUGCAAGAUUCCAAGCUGGUUCAAAGAAGAACACGGGCACCAAAUAGCAUUGGAAUUACCUCAUAAAUGUCAUACCAAAAUCACAGGAUUUGUUCUGUGUGGAUUAUUUCAUGGGCAGCAGAUGGGACGUUGCUCUCCCGAGAUCAUCUUCACAAUCGAAAAUGAUGGAAAAGGCAUUUCUGUUCCAGAGGUUGACUGUAUGAAUGAAUAUGCAGACACCGUGAAUGGAAACGUGUGGAUAAGUUAUAUGCCAUUUAGUUUGUUUAAGGAGAUGUUUCAUGAUUUUCAUCUUGGUGAUUUGUCCCGUAUCAGAGGUAAACUUGUAAUAAGUCUAACGUUAACGGGCGGUGAACAAGCUGUAAGAUGUGGAGCACAUAUAAUUUACAAAGAAGAUGUCGAAUCGGUCCAGAAAAAUAGAGAUUGUAUAUCUGAUUAUAGGAACUUGGAGUAUAUUCAUGGGCAUGGCAAUAGUCGAGCAUGGAAGUCGGUAAUCGAUAGCAAGGAUUUUGUUACUGCCCAUACCCUCUGCCAUGAGGCCAAUCAUCAUCUGCUUAUUAUUAAAGCAUGGAAGUCUGUAAUCGAUAGCAAGGUUAAUUAUGUUUCCGUUGUCGACGAUGACACUUUCCCACAUCAAAAGGUUAAUGUAUUCGUUCCCGAUUCAAUUGAAAAAUUUAGUAAUGAUUUAGAAAUAAAUCAUUACUGUCCUGUAACAAGUAUCGCUAUUAUCUGGAAUCCUUGUAUCAGAAAAACCGUUGCCAUUGCAAUACCUAAUGUGUUUAGAAAACGACAUUUGUCCACGGUUGUUGGUUUUGACGUUUGUCCUCGGAAUCUUGACCCUAAGCUUGUUAAGAUUACAUAUGUUUCUGAUUUGGGUAGAUUAGGAUAUGCAAAUACUGGCGCCCAAGUUGAGGUAUUUACAUUAAGUUCUGGAGGAACUUGGAGAAGUCCAUUAAGUAGCAACCUUCCUCAUAAAUCGAUUCAAUUUGGAGAUUCACCGAUAGUUAUAGACGGAUUUAUCUAUUGGGAUGCUACUGAUAGGACAAAUGUGGGUGGUGGAUUUAGGAAAAUAAUUAUGUCAUUUGAUUUGACAAGUGAAGAACUCACCAAAGUCAAUCUCCCUGACCCUUUAGAACUCAACAACCCUUAUGCUUAUGCUCAUUUGUCGCUAUAUAACCUGAGGGAGUCACUUGCUGUUAUCGAGUUAGAGUCCCAUAGAGUGUUCAAUAGAGAGUUGAAUAGAUACAAUUACCUGAGCAGAAUUUAUCAUGUAUGGAUUAUGAGUGGGCAUGGUUGUACUAGAUCCUUUGAUAAGUUGUACUCCAUUAAUGAACCCGGUUCAUCAAUAUGUACACCACUUGGAUUCCGAAAGAGUGGGGCACACAUAAUCAAAGUGGGAAGUGCACUUGGUAUUUAUGAACCAGAAUAA